ACUACCACCACUUAGACACAAAACAAACAAAUAAAUAUCUCAGUGAGCUUAUAUUAAUCAAGAGCAACAAUGGCGGACGAGGUGAUUCUUCUGGAUUUCUGGCCGAGUAUGUUCGGGAUGAGGACGAGGAUUGCUCUGGAGGAGAAAAACAUCAAAUUUGAUUACAGAGAACAAGAUCUAUUCAAUAAAAGCUCGAUUCUCCUCGAGAUGAACCCGGUUCAUAAGAAAAUCCCGGUUCUCAUCCACAAUGGUAAACCGGUCUGUGAAUCUCUCAUCCAGAUCGAGUACAUCGACGAGACUUGGCCCACCAAAAACCCACUCCUUCCUUCUGAUCCCUACCAAAGAGCUCAGGCCAGGUUUUGGGGAGAUUUCAUCGACAAAAAGGUGUACAGUGCAACGAGGUUGAUCUGGGGAGCGAAAGGCGAGGAGCAAGAGGAGGGAAAGAAAGAGUUCAUCGAGUUGCUCAAGACGCUAGAGUCCGAGCUUGGAGACAAGAUUUACUUUGGAGGCGAAACGUUCGGGUAUGUUGACAUAGCUCUCAUUGGAUUCUACAGCUGGUUUGAAGCGUAUGAGAAGCUUGGGAACUUCAGCAUCGAGCCAGAGUGUCCAAAACUGAGUGCUUGGGCUAAAAGGUGUGCACAGAGAGAGAGUGUGGCUAAGUUUCUUCCUGCUUCGGACAAGGUCACUAAGUUCGUUCCUGAGCUAAGGAAAAAAAUUGGUCUCGAGUGAAUCUGUUUAACUCUGUUUCUAUUCUGUUUUUUUUCUUUCUUCAGUUUUCGUUUUUGUUUCUGCUCUGUUUCAGCGUUCAGUCUAUCAUAAUAAUAAAAAUAUAUUA